UGUGAGUUGGGCUUAUGGAUUUCAAGCCCAUAUUCCUCUUUUAGCUUGUUUGCGUUUACAACAAGCAAUUGGAUUCCAAUUUGGGAUCCGAAUUCCGAUUGAUUUUGCCGUCCAAUUUCAGAUGACACCGGAGUAACUCUCCUCUGCCGUUUAAUUUUUUUAAUCUCCGGCGAAAUUGAACUGUAAGUUGCUGAAAAGUUAUAUAACAUGGGUGAUGCAAUUGAUUUAACUGGAGAUGGAGGUGUUAUGAAGAAAAUUGUGCAACGAUCCAAACCUGAUGCUAUUGCUCCCUCAGAGAGUCUUCCUCUUGUUGAUGUUCAUUAUGAAGGCACUCUUGCUGAUACUGGUGAAGUAUUUGAUACUACCCGUGAAGAUAAUACAAUUUUCUCCUUUGAGAUAGGCACUGGUUCUGUUAUUAAGGCUUGGGAUGUUGCACUGAGGACCAUGAAGGUUGGGGAGGUAGCUGUAAUUACCUGCAAGCCAGAGUAUGCCUAUGGAAGUGCUGGGUCCCCACCGGAUAUUCCCCCUGAGGCAACCCUUAUUUUCGAGGUUGAGCUGGUGGCUUGUAGACCACGUAAAGGUUCUAGUGUCAGCAGCGCUUCAGAUGAAAGGGCUAGGCUGGAGGAACUAAAGAAGCAAAGAGAAAUGGCAGCUGCAGCUAAGGAGGAAGAGAAGAAGAAGAGAGAAGAAGCCAAGGCCGCAGCAGCUGCUCGUAUCCAAGCCAAACUUGAAGCAAAGAAAGGAAAAGGGAAGGGCAAAGCGAAGUAAAAAUCGCCAUGUAUUUAUAAUAUAUUUAUACACUAGUAGCAUAUACUCGUAAACGUAUAGAAAUACCUGAUGGUGUUGAAUAUGCUAACUCGUAUUCUUUUUGCUGGAUAUUUCUAAGCUUUCAUAUUGUUAUAAGUUAC